AUGUUCCACCGAGCCGUUAAUACUCAUGCUGCCAACAAGCCCGUGAGCAGCAGGGUACCCUUCAAGCAACACAACACCAACAUUCAGAGUCAGCCACCGACUAAGCGGAAGUUUGAUCGCAGUAUGAGCACGAACAGCAGUCUUGGCGGUCUACAUGAUCUUGUCCAGUUCGACGAAAAUGACUUCGAUGAUGUCGUUGAUUUUUCAGAAACAAUCACACAGAAGCCUGAGGUUCGCUAUCCUCGCGUGGACCCUGUGGUCUAUCCAGAUCUAUCGCAGCAAGGCAGUGCCUCGUCCGUGCCCAAACACCCGGCCAGCAGUGCACCCGUGCCAUGGUCGUCUUCUCCCGCCGCCCACUUCGAAGCCCCAUCCCGACCGCCACCACCACCGUCGCCAAAACUAGAUCGCCCACACAAACGCAAGAAGCUGCCAUGGGGCAACAAAGUAGACGAGGAAAUCAAACCCAUAUUACCAGAGAAUAAGGAGAACGUGCGCUAUGCCUGGAAUAUGUCAGCCUCAGAAGUCAAGGACGAGCAGAAGGAGUUUCGGAAGCAAAAUCGAGUCCAGGUGGCCGUCUCGACCAAGACUGAACCUAGACCAUUCACGACCAUCACGAAAGAAAUGUUGAGCCCGGAGCAGCAGACUGUAUCCAAAGCCGUCAUCACUGACGGCAAGAGCGUCUUCUUCACAGGUUCUGCCGGCACAGGCAAGUCAGUUCUCAUGCGAUCGAUCAUUGCCCAGUUUCGAAAUAAAUUCCGCAAAGAUGUUGAUCGCCUCGCCAUCACGGCUUCGACGGGUCUCGCGGCCUGUGUCAUUGAGGGUCAGACACUGCACAGCUGGGCUGGCAUCGGUCUCGGCAAAGAGCCUGUUCCAGAACUUGUCAAGAAAAUCAAGCGCAAUGCCAAAACCCGACAAAAAUGGUUGCGCACUAAAGUCCUGGUCGUCGAUGAAAUCUCAAUGGUCGAUGGGGACUUAUUCGACAAGCUCGAACAGAUCGCCCGCAUGAUACGUAACAAUGGACGACCAUUUGGUGGUAUUCAGCUUGUGGUCACUGGUGAUUUCUUCCAGCUCCCGCCCGUGCCGGAGAAGAACACUGUGGCCAAGUUCGCGUUUGAUGCCUCAACAUGGACGACUUGCAUUGAACACACGAUCCUGCUUACGCAUGUGUUUCGUCAGAAGGAUCCUGUCUUCGCUGAAAUGCUAAACGAAAUGCGUCUCGGCAAGAUCAGCCCAGCUACGGUAGCAAACUUUCAGCGUCUGUCUCGGCCUCUGAAGUUUGAGGAUGAGAUGGAGGCCACUGAGCUAUUCCCUACUCGAAUGGAAGUCGAUGGCGCCAACGCUAAUCGUAUGAGAAAUCUGUCUGGUCGGGACAUGGUCUUCGAUGCGGUUGACAGCGGAGUGUCCGAUCUUAAUGUGCGGAACAAAAUGCUGGCCAACUUUAUGGCUCCUCAGAAAUUGAUUCUCAAGAAAGGCGCUCAAGUUAUGCUGAUCAAGAACAUUGACAAUGCGUUGGUCAACGGAUCGCUAGGGAAAGUUAUGGCCUUCAUGGACGAGGGCUCUUUCGCCACGUACAAGGACGACGAGGAGACCUUCUUGAAAGCCCAGGAGCCUGACAAUGGGAGUGACGACGAGGGCAAGGCUGCUGCACGAGCCAAGAUCAAGCAGGCGCGUCUCAAACAGGGCCCUGUCGACUCACAGCAAGGCAUGUACUGGCCCAUGGUCAGAUUCGCCUUGCCAGACGGUACCUACAGAUCAUUGCUGUGUCAGCCCGAGGAAUGGAAGACCGAGAACCAGCAAGGCGAGAUCACAGCGAAGAGAUCACAGGUCCCCUUGAUUCUUGCUUGGGCUUUGUCGAUCCAUAAGGCGCAAGGUCAGACACUGAGCCGUGUGAAGGUCGAUCUGGGAAAGGUCUUCGAGCGUGGCCAGGCAUACGUCGCUCUGUCUAGAGCCACCAGCCAGGAUGGUCUCGAGGUGAAGCGCUUUGACCCCAGGAAAGUCAUGGUGCAUCCGAAGGUGAUUGAUUUCUACCAGCAGCUGGGCAGUGCGGAUACUCUCCUUACGAAGCGCGACGCUCCACGGCCAAACCACUUCCAGCGCAAGAAGUCUGACGAGGAUGAGGAGCUGGCGUACAUGAACGCUUAG